UGUUAUGGAGUCAGGGGAUCCAACCAGGUAGACUAGCUGUUGUUAUGGAGUCAGGGGACCCAACCAGGUAGACUAGCUGUUGUUAUGGAGUCAGGGGAUCCAACCAGGUAGACUAGCUGUUGUUAUGGAGUCAGGGGAUCCAACCAGGUAGACUAGCUGUUGUUAUGGAGUCAGGGGAUCCAACCAGGUAGACUAGCUGUUGUUAUGGAGUCAGCUAGUGGGGAUCCAAAUCAAAUUAAUAAUAUUGGACUGUGUAUGUUUAAAUGCAACAAGAAGUAUCUGAACUCUGACCUCUGACAAUAAAAGUGUUGUCAUUGUUAAUGGUUUUUCAAUGUUCAGACAUACUGUUCUGUUAUUUCUUAUUGUAGAUGAGUGAGCUGUGACUUACAUCAAAAACGAGUCUCUCUGGGGAGACAGAGGGGACCACUGCCUCUAAAAUGAGUCUCUCUGGGGAGAGAGAGGAGGGGACCACUGCCUCUAAAAUGAGUCUCUCUGGGGAGAGAGAGGGGGGGACCACUGCCUCUAAAAUGACUCAAGACACCAGUUCAAAGAGUGUCCAGAAGCCCAGAGCAGAGUCACCUACAACCAGCCUGCUAUCAAUGAAGAGUGAUCAGCCAACUGCUUUCAGCCAGGAACCAUUACCAGAUGACAAUAAGGAAGUGGAGAGUUUGGACAGUGAGGAUGCAUUAAAGAUCACACACAACCUUCUGGACAGAAGAAGUAAGACUGUGCAAGCAGUAAGCAGUCACUAAGGGUCAAGAUUAUUAUGAAAACAGCCGAUUCAAAUUCUGGUCAUGCAAGUUGAAGCCUGACAAGUUGACGCUAAUCGAUGAUAAUAAUUCCGAUGAUGAUGAUUCCGAUGAAGACAAAAAGGAUGACAAUGAUGAAGAGGAGUCAAUCCAGUUGUCUGACUUACACAGGAGAGCAGUGGACCAGGCCUUGAAGAGUGAGAAUGGACACCUGGACCUGUUCCUCCGCUUUCUUCUGGGUCUCUCACUGGAGUCCAAUCAGAAUCUGUUACGAGGCCUUCUGACACAGACAGGAAGUACAACACAGACCAAUGAGGAAGCAGUUAAGAGAACAGUCAGGUACCUAUCAGACAACAUCAAGUACGAAUCCUCACCAGAAAGGAUCAUCAACUUGUUCCACUGUUUGAAUGAACUUGGUGCCAACUCUUGUUGAAGACAUGCAGAACUCCCUGCGUUCAGGAACUCUUUCAGAAACAAGACUAAAACCUGACCAAUGUUCAGCCCUGGCCUACCUGUUACUGAUGUCAGAGGAGGUGCUGGAGGAGUUUGACCUGAAGACGUACAACACAUCAGAGAAAGGUUAUCAGAGGUUGCUGCCGGUCGUGAAAACCUGUAAGAGAGCACUACUAGAUCACUGUAAGCUCACAUAUAAAUCCUGUGAGACUCUGGCCUCAGCUCUGCAGACACCAAACUCCCCCCUGAGAGAACUGGACCUCAGCUACAAUGACCUGGAAGACAGAGGAGUGGAGCUGCUCUGUGAUGGACUAACCAGUCCACUCUGCAACAUACAGACACUAGUUCUGGGUCAGUGUGGUCUGACAGAGGGUUGCUGUUCAGAUCUGGCCUCAGUCCUGAGUUCACCCAACUCACAACUGAAACAACUGGAGCUGAGAGACAAUGACCUGCAGGACUCAGGAGUUACACUGCUGUCUGCUGGACUGGAGUAUCCAGACUGUAAACUACACACACUGGGGCUGUCUGGCUGUCUGGUCACAGAGGAGGGCUGUGCUGCUCUGUCAUCAGCUCUGAGAUCAAACCCCUCCCACCUGAAAGAGCUGGACCUGAGCUACAAUCACCCAGGAGACUCUGCAGGGGGACUGCUUUCAGCUGCUCUGGUGGAUCCCACAUAUAAACUGAUGAAGCUGAAUGUGGAUCAUGGUGGAGAGGGCAGGCUGAAAUCAGGGCCGCGGAAAUAUGCCUGUCAUCUCACCCUGGACCCAAAUACAGUAAACCCACACCUGAGACUGUCUGAGGGGAACAGGAAGGUGACACGGGUGGUGGAGAAGCAGCAUUAUGAAGACCAUCCAGACAGAUUUGACUUUCAUUGCCAAGUUGUCUGCAGUGAAGUGAUUUCUGGAGGUCGUUAUUACUGGGAGGUGGAGAGGGAUGGUGACAUGGCUGACAUUGGUGUGGUGUACAAAGGAAUGAAGAGGAAGGGACAGGAGGAUGACAGUUGGAUUGGACUCAAUAGGAAGUCCUGGUGUUUAUACUGCUAUGAUAGUGCUUAUGAAUUUAUCCAUGCUGGAGUCAGCAGAUCCAUCUCUGGUCGUUAUUCUCACAGAGUUGGAGUGUAUCUGGACUGGCCGGCUGGUACUUUGUCCUUCUAUAGUGUGUCCUCCUCUGGUACACUGACACACCUUCACACAGAACACAUCACAUUCACUGAACCACUCUAUCCUGGAUUUGGGGUUUACUCCUCCUCCUCAGUGACCCUGUGUCAGAUACAUGACCAUCACAUUCAGAGGUGAGUCAUAGCGAUGUUUCAUCAUUUGUUUUCCUCUGGAAUCAUU